UAGCUGGCCAGACCAGUAUCAUUUGAACGAAAAAUAAACAAAUAUUUUAUACAACAAAUUGUUGGGCGACUGAGAAGCACGCUUUGUUUAAAAUAAAAUUUAAAAAUAUCUUUUCAUUUUAUAUUCACUCAACACGAAGAUCACCAGGCCAUCUGACGCCCCUCCUUCGACAGAGAGACCGACACGUGCGUGAGCCCUGAUAAGCGGCAUUUUUGAGCCUGCAAAUAUUCGUUCGGGCAAUUUCUAGUAUCACAGUAACGCAAUUAAGUCACCAUAUUUUUGUUCGUUCAUGGUUAUGCAAUAUGGCCAAGAAACAAAAAACUGAAAAAAGAGCAGCAGAAAGUUCAGCUAAUGAAGAAGAAAUUGUUAAUAAGAAGGCCAAAACCAACUAUAAAGACGCUACAAUAGACCAGGAUUCCGGAGACAAAGUACCUGAAGUUAAAACCUAUCCGAUGAAAGAACUAACUUCUGAUGGAAGAAAAUUUAACACAAAAAUUGUUUCUUGGAAUGUUGCAGGACUAAGAGCUCUUGUGAAGAAAGAAGGUCAUAAAUGGUUUCUGAAUUGUGAUGCAGAUAUUAUAUGCUUACAGGAAACCAAAUGUGAAGAGAAAAAACUUCCUGAUGAUUUGAAAGACAUUGAGGGAUAUGAAUAUGCCUAUUGGAAUGCGGGAGAAAAACCAGGCCAUGGCGGAGUUGCCAUUAUUUCUAGAAUGAAACCAAGCAAUGUUGAAUUUGGGAUUCCAGACAAACCUGAGCACAGCAAAGAAGGAAGAACAAUAACUGCCGAGUUUGAGAAGUUUUAUCUUGUUUGUUCGUACGUACCAAACUCUGGACGUAAAUUAGUACGCCUAGAUUAUAGACAAGAAUGGAAUAAAGAUUUUCAAGAUUAUCUCAAGAAAUUGGAUGGAAAGAAGCCUGUGAUUCUGUGUGGUGAUCUCAACGUAUCACAUCAAGAAAUUGACCUUAAGAACCCAAAAACCAACAAGAAAACAGCGGGAUUCACACAGCAGGAAAGAGACGGCUUCACCGAGUUGUUAAAACAAGGGUUUUGUGAUUCAUUUCGCUUGCUUUAUCCAGACAGAGAGGGUGCUUAUACCUUCUGGACUUACAUGGGGAACGCUCGUGCUAAAAAUGUCGGUUGGAGGUUGGAUUAUUUUGUUAUUUCUGAAAGAUUAAACAAAGACAUUUGUGAUAAUGUGAUUCACUCUGAUGUGAUGGGUAGCGACCAUUGCCCACUGUCUCUCACAAUGAGUCUGGACUGAGUCUAUUUCAGUCUGUAAUGAUUUUCUGUUGCGUCAAUUAUUCAACCCAUGACCGAUGCAAUUAAAACGACUUGCCAAUUAUUUGGGUUCAAUAUAAUUUGAGAAUUUGCGAACCCAAUAUUCAUGACUUUAUACCCGCUUGACACUGACGAAAGCAAACGGCCGAUUUUAACAGAAUCAGCCCUGUGCAAAUCGAACAAGUUAUUAGACUUAUUCUGUCUUUUCCAAUUUUUUCAAAAGGGUGGGAUGGGGGGAGAGUUGCGGCCAUGAAAAAUGCACCCUGGCUGCGUCACUGCUUCUACUUUGUUUAUAACCUAAUUAUGUGUAUUUCAACUGCUUCUUUGUGUAUAACACCCAUAUGUAUUAUCAGUAUUUUGUACUGCUUCUGUGUGUGUCACUGGUAUAUAAUAAUAGCAUCACAAUACUCUCAUACUAAACCCCCAUAAGGGAUUGGUGAAAACAAAAAAUACUUCAAAUCCAUUAUGCCCUCUCUACCCGCUCAUCCUUGCCCACAUAAACAUAAUUUUUCAGGUAUUCUUUUAAAACAUGACUCAUUUUCUCAUCUUUUCACUGCCAUGAGUGUUUAUUGAUUUCAGCUAUUUCCAAUUUCUUUGUUCAUUAUUAAUUACUUUAUUGUCACUGAGCCCUUUUGUACUGAUUUUGUAAUAAAGUACUUUUCAUUGAAAAUUUGAA